AUGGUUCACAGCAUAUUUCUGACUCGUGAACUGACCAGGAGACCCAGUGGGAGAGUUGAGGCCAUUCAGCUGUCACAAGUGAUGGAUGAUAUGUUAGAGAAGGUUGGGUUUAAUGAUGAUAAACAGGAAUUAAAAGGAGAAACUCAGAUGCAUCAUUUGCUGGACCUGGUGAAAAAGGAACAAGACAUUUAUAAUCUUGUGUUCCAUGAGCUUAUUCGUCAGAUUAGUGUGGAUUGUGCAGAGCGAGGAGAGCUUCUUGCCAAAAUCAGAGAGAGGUACGUAAGUUUAUUGGACCACAUUCCUCGCCAUCUAACUAGUAUGCACAAUGAAAUCAUGAUGCAACGGUUGUUGGACAAGCAACUUAUUUUGGAGCUGUUUCUUUUCCAGAAUGCUGUUGAAAAACUCAACAGUGAACUUGCUGAACUUAGAGAACGUGACCGCAAGGCAACAAAGACCAUAGCAAAAACACAGGAGGAGCUAAGUAAUGCAUUAAUUGAAGCCCAUAAAAAUGCCAAUAUGCUGGAUGAAUAUCACCAGUUAUAUGAAUUGCAGAGAAAAAGACUGAUUGCCCAGAUAGAUACUUUAACCCAGGAGAGGGACUGGUGGAGUGAUGCAGCCUAUAGCCUAGCACUGAAGGUAACCGAGGAGCACAAUCUUAAACUGGUUCACGAUCUUGAAGUCAGUGAAAAACUCUGGACUAAAAUUGCACAACAUUUCGUUGUAGUGCUUGGCACACAGGAUGCAGAAGACCAGGCUAAAUUGCAGGAAACUACUGCAAAAUGGAGAGACAAGAUGAAGAAAUUCACUAAAAAUCUGCAAGAUGCAGAGAAUUCAAGUUUGGAAAAAGAAAAUUAAUUCUGUCUGGUUUGCAAAAAUG